UUCGGCCUCUCGGUAGGCCGGCGCGAGGUGUCCCUGCAGGCUGUUAGAUGCCUUUGUCGUCUGGCUCGGCUUCCUCCGUGUCUGGCUGGAGGUCGGACCCAGGAUCGAGGAGGACUGAGCGCAUGCUAUUCUAAUCUAAGGGCCUGGGAGGGUGGCGGGAAGAACCCCCGGGUGCGGGCGCCGGGCUGCUCGGUGAGGGUCGCGCUUGCGUUCCGGGCCUCUGGGGGGACCCGAGCGACGGACCCCCGGCCCGUUCCCCAGCGCCAGUUGCCCUCAGCGCGGGCCCGGAGGAAGGAGUCGUCAUGGAGCCUGGGGGCAGAGGAUCCCUUUUUGAGGACUCAGACCUUCUCCAUGCUGGAAACCCAAAAGAAAAUGGCAUGACUGCUGUGCUGCUGACCUCUGGGUCCCAAGAACUGAUGGUCAGGGAUAUGGCCGAGGCUUUCACCCAGUGGAGGCAGCUGAACUCUCCUCGGGGAGAUGUGCCCGAGAAGCCUAGGAAUCUGGUCUUGCUGGGGCUUCCAAUUUCCACACCUGAUAUAAUCUCUCAGUUGGAGCAUGAGGAGGAGCUGGAGAGAGAAGUCUCAAAAGCAGCCAGUCCAGACUGGAAAACGAUACCAGAAAGCAAGGAGCUAACUCCAGAGAAGGAGAUUUCUGAAGAAGAAUCAGCCCCUGGGGUGUUAAUCGUAAGAUUUUCAAAGGAAGGUUCCAGUGAACCUGAGGAUUCUUUAGAGAGUCAGCAGGAAAACCAUGAGAAACAUUUAAUACAAGAGGCUAUCACUCAGAAAUCUUCUAGGGGGAGAAGUUACCAAUUUGAUAAAUUUAGAAGAAAUUGCACUCGGAGGUCCUUACUUGUUCAGCAGCAAGGAGAGAGACUACAUCAUUGUGAUUCAUUUAAAAAUAACUUAAAACAAAACUCAGAUGUAAUUAGGCAUGAGAGAAUUUGUUCAGGAAAGAAACCUUGGAAAUGUAAUGAGUGUGAGAAAGCCUUCAGUUACUACUCAGCUUUUGUCUUGCAUCAGAGAAUUCACACCGGAGAAAAACCCUAUGAAUGUAAUGAAUGUGGUAAAACCUUCAGCCAGAGCAUACACCUUACUCUGCACCAGAGAAUUCAUACUGGAGAGAAACCCUAUGAAUGUCAUGAAUGUGGGAAAGCCUUUAGUCAUCGCUCAGCCCUUAUUCGGCAUCAUAUAAUUCAUACUGGAGAAAAACCCUAUGAAUGCAAUGAAUGUGGGAAGGCCUUUAAUCAGAGUUCAUACCUCACUCAACAUCAGCGAAUUCAUACUGGAGAGAAACCUUAUGAAUGUAAUGAAUGUGGGAAGGCCUUCAGCCAAAGCACAUUUCUUACCCAGCAUCAGGUCAUUCACACCGGAGAGAAACCUUAUAAGUGUAAUGAAUGUGGCAAAGCCUUUAGUGAUCGGUCAGGUCUUAUUCAGCACCAGAGAACUCAUACUGGGGAGCGGCCCUAUGAAUGUAACGAAUGUGGGAAAGCCUUUGGCUACUGCUCAGCCCUAACUCAGCACCAGAGAACUCACACUGGGGAGAAACCGUAUAAAUGCAAUGAUUGUGCCAAAGCCUUCAGUGACCGCUCAGCCCUUAUACGUCAUCAGAGAACACACACUGGAGAGAAACCUUACAAAUGUAAAGAUUGUGGAAAAGCAUUCAGCCAGAGUUCAUCUCUUACAAAGCAUCAGAAAACUCACACUGGAGAAAAGCCCUACAAGUGUAAGGAAUGUGGAAAAGCCUUCAGCCAGAGUUCAUCCCUCUCUCAACAUCAGAAAACUCAUGCUGGAGGGAAAACCAAGGAAUAUGUCCAAACUUUUAGUGAGCAUUUAGCCUUUGGCCAACUCAAGAGAAUUCAUACUGGAUAAAGACCAUGUAAAUGUGGUUUACAUUCAGAGCAUACUUUUUGAGCAUUUACCAUUCUUGCUGUGGGAGUCUACAAAGAAAUUUAAGACUGUGUUGCAAAAAAAAAAAAUUUAUCAACUAGUCAUUGCUGAUGUGGGAAGUAGCAUAAUUAGACCGUGAAAGUAUAGUUUUAUAUUUUUAAAAGUGUUCUGGCCA